AUGGAAAUACAAAAAACACCCGAAAUCGAACAAUGCUUGGAAAGCGUUAAGAAAUAUCUUGCACAAUACGGAACGUCAUCCACUGAACAAACACUCCGAGUACAGAUCGAUCAAUAUGAUCAAGAAGAUUUUGUGUCUUUUGAUGUUUUGAAACGGACUGUUGAAUUCAAGAAUGAACGAAUGAAAGAUGAUGAUCGGAACAAUAAUAACAAUAGCAACACCAACAAUCCUAAGAACAAUCAUCAAAACAAAAAUUCAAGCAAGAAUAACUCAACCAAUGUACAGAAAAUUACAAACUCAUCGGAAAGCAGCCAAUCUUCACAAAAAACAUAUCUCCACAAAUUGAUAAAAGGAACCAAACUGAGAACCAAGUCGAACCAAAGGCCAACACCAAAGAAUCCCGAAUGGGUGAAAUUAACAGAACAACUCCGAAAGAAGCAAGGUGAUUAUGAAUAUUCCAAAAUGGUUCGUAAUGUGGUGAAUGCUCCUGCUCAUGAACGAGAGGCUCUCAACAGUUACAAAGGUCAACUAUCGGUUGGGCUUGAUUUGAUUAUUACUAUGGCUACUUUAUUUAUUGUGUUUUAUACUGCAUCUCAAUACAUGUUUACAGGAGAGAAUAAGAAACAGUAUCAAAUACUCAUGGGCUUAAUUGGAUUAAUUCUGGGUCUAUUGAUUGAUGCAGUGCUUGUCAUUGUGAGAAGUAAAAAGGCAGAAAUGAUUGACAAAGUUCAAACAAAACACAAGAAUAUAGCCACCAACUCGUAUGGUAUUGAAACAGUUCCCAUUGAGGUGAGAAGAAGGUUGGCUAUGAGAAAGGCACAAAUCGAGCAGCAAGAGAAGCAGCAAGUGGAGCAAGAACAGAAAAACUCUCAAAAUACGCAACCACAGCCACCAAACACUAGUGCUGCUAUUGUGGAUAUUUAA